AGCCGUGCUCCAGAUGUGCGCAGAGGUAACCGCAGUGAAAUGUGAGCCGCUCCGGCCUGGCUGCCUGUAUUUUGGGAUGUUUUACACGGGGCAGGACAAAGACACGUUUCCAGGCGGGAUCCCGGCCUGAGCAGAUGUUCCUGUCCUGGGAAAAGAAGAGGAAGAAGAAGAGGAAGACUCGAGGAUUAACGUGCAGAAGCGGGAGGACCGAGAGACGAUAUGGCCGAAGAUGUCCGUGGAUUCUGAUAACUCCUGUAUUUUGCUGUCAUCGCGGGACUCCAGGACUUCCUGCAUCUUUCAAACCGCUGACGAGAAAGAUGACAUCCCAGGAGUGGGAGAGGAGAGCGUCCUGGAGAUGCUGAGCUACUCCAAGUUCUCUGACCUUGAGACAUGGCUGUGCAUGCCAUCCUCACUGCUGCUGUCCAGACCUCUGGACUCCACCCACACCUCCUCUGCCUCUUCGUCCAAUUCGUACUCUUCACAUGCUUCCAUCCACUCCUCCAACUCGCUCCCAGCCUCCUCCUCUUCAUCGCUCGCUUCCACCUCCCGCCGCUCCACCUGCAGCGAGCCGGGAGAGAUCGACAGGUCGUCAGAGAGAGACUCCACCUUCCUCACGCCGGCUCUGACGAAGGAGGCAACCUGUCUGUCCACGCCCCUCCUCCCCAUCCUGUCCUCCACCCCUGCUCAUGCCCCUGCUGCUGCUUCACGGCUCAACUCUGGGACUCCAGCGGGAGACUCCACCUCCCACAGUGGCGUCAGCAUCAGGAAACGGCGGCGCCUCGCUGCCAGUCCUGGAGGACUCCACUGGAACUCUUCAGGCAAUGUUCAGCGCGACUUCUGGUCACCUGAUCUGUCCCCUGGGUCGAGGAGGAGUGCAGGAGGAGGUGGAAGUGGUGCAGGUGCAAGGAGCCUGCCCUUGGCAGAGGUGGGUGGAGUUUCCCCACCAUGGGCCAGAGACCGGGCAGUCCUGAGGAAAACGAUUUCGGUUGACGACCGUCUGCUGCAGCCAGUGGGCGGCGAGCAGCGGCAUCUGAGGCUGCUGAGCCGGCUCGAGAGAGGCAGGAAGAAACUCCGCAACAUCCACAGCCUGGGAACCACGGGGAGAUACGACACCAGGAAAAAGUCAGAUGGUAAGACCUCCCGCUUGGCCCAGAGGUGCAACCAGAAGUCAGCAGGAGAUGCUCUGAUCAAAGACCUGAAGCCCCUGUUCUACCCGGGAGUCUCCCGAUCCUCACUCAGCCUGGACAGCAGACGCCUCCCGGGUGUUAUGACGCAGCAGAUGCAGAACCUGCAGUUGUCCCAGACCAGGAAGUGCCCCGGUGGGCCGGCCUCCCCCAAUGCCGCCAAACGUCUCUACAGGAACCUAUCAGAGAAGCUGCGAGGAAGCACCUCCUCCUUCGAAGAUGCUUACUUCUUUGGCAAGACGGAUCGCCUCCGUAAAGCCUCGGUGAGUUUAACGAUGCAGGGCAGCGACUGCAUCUUCGAGGCGGUGGAGCAGCAGGACCUGGACGCGGUGCAGAUCCUUCUCUACCAGUUUUCGGCUGAGGAACUGGACCUGAACACCCCCAACAGCCAGGGCCUGACGCCGCUCGACAUCGCCAUCAUGACCAACAACACGCCCAUCGCCAAGCUGCUGCUGAAGGCCGGCGGCAAAGAGAGUCCCCACUUCAUGAGCGUGGAGAGUCGUGAGGCUCACCUGAACUCUCUGGUAGUGGAGGCGGAGCGGCGGGCCGCCGACUUGGCAGCUCAGGCUCAGAGGGACGGCCUCUCGCUGGAGGCCUGCCACAAAGACAAGCAGCUGAGGGCGUGGGAGUGGAGGUGCAAGCUGUACAAACGUAUGAGGACGGGCUUCCAGCAUGCACGUGCCCCGGAGGCCCCGUCUAUGGUUCGUCUGAGCGUGAGCAGUAGCACCACUCUGACCGUCACCUUCCAGGAACCGCAGUGUCUCAACUCCACUGUGGUGACCAAGUACCGAGUGGAGUGGAGCUGCCUGAAGGAUUUCUCACUGCUCGCCGGAGAGAUGGUGUUGGAUAAUCUGCAGAGCCUCAAGUGCACCAUCAGUGGCCUCACCACGGGUCGGCUCUACUAUGUUCGAGUGUCGGCUUAUAACAUGAAGGGCUGGGGUCCGCCCGCCUCCUCCCUCCCUCCAUCUGCAGCUCCAUCCAAUUGGCGAGAGAGCGACGGGCGGGAACCGAGGAGGCGGGGACACAUCGAGGCCAUGGAGCGUCUGCUGCAGCAGGUCCGAGCGACUCACACACACUACUGCUGUGGAGAUGUCUCUAAGCUGCAGAACCCCAGCAGGAAGCAAUCUGUCUCCAGAAGUCUGAAACAUCUCUUCAACUCCUCCAACAAGUUUGUAAAAACACUGAAAAGGGGGAUCUACCUGGCAGCUGUGUUCUACCAUAAGGAUAGUUUGCUGGUGACGGCUGAAGAGCAGAUCCCCAUUGUGGAGGUGGAUGACUCCUACAGCAGCUCACUCAUGCAGGACUUCCUCUGGUUCACAAAGCUGUCCUGUAUGUGGGAAGACGUUAGGUGGCUGAGACAGAGCAUGUCGGUGUCCAUGUCUUCAUCCUCCACUCUGCAGGCCAGGCACAAGAUGCUCACUGCUGCUGGGCAGCUGCAGAACCUCCUGGGAACCCACAACCUGGGUCGGGUCCACUACGAGCCCAUCAAGGAUCGCCACGGGAACGUGCUACUGGUGACGAUCCGUGACAUGGAGAGCCAGCACUCGCUUUUCAGUGGGAAGUGGAUGCAGGUCACCAAACUGCAGAGCCAGAGGAAGUCUCUGUCCACACCUGAGGAGCCCUACGCCCUCGACAUCCUCAUCAUCACCAUACAGGACAUUUUGGCGUACCAGCGGCGCAGCACCCAUCGGCUCGCCCCGGGCCUCUACCUGGGCUACCUGAAGCUCAGCAGCUCUGUAGACCAGAUCAAAGUCCUGGUGUCCCAGCGGACCCCCAACAUGCUCUGCCAUACCCGCGUACGAGACAACGCCAACGUCUCCAGGGAGGAGUGGGACUGGAUCCAGACACUGGCAGCUGCCGGAGAAAAGGACCGCAACGAGGAGGACGGCGAGGAGGCGGUGCCCCGGGCAGAAAGCCACGCCCCUUUACUGUACUAUGAACUGCAGACGGCGAUCAAGUCCCUGCUGAAACACAUCAACCUACCUCUGCACCAGGCCCGUCACUUCCGGCUGUACAGUCAGGAGGUGGUGGAGCUCGGUCACGGUGUCUCCUUCCUGCUGCUGCUGCCCCCCGCCGAUAAUGUUUGCUCCGCCCCCGGACAAUCCAACCCAUACACGCCGCUGUCAGGAUUCCUCCACCUUCCCCUGCAGAUGUUCGAACUUGUGCACUUCUGCACCUACAAAGAGAAGUUCAUCAGCCUGUACUGUCGCCUGUCCUCCGUCCUCGACCUGGAUGCCCUCAUUACCCAGCAGGCACUGCGGGAGGCCAUCACUGACAGCGAGGUGGCCACGGCCAAACAGAGGCAUCAGCUCAUCCUGGACUACAUCCAGCAACUGGAUGAGAUGCGCCGUGAUCUUCGCUGGAUUACAGAUGCCCUGCAGUAUGCCCGCUACAAGCAGCCUCGUGGCGGUGUGCCCAUCACCUGCUUGGUGGAUGCCAGCGUUCCAGAAAGCGACUCCGGUCAGCAGAAGACCGACUCCACCUCAUCCAACAUGGACUACCUGCCCACACCCUCUCCCUCUCCAGAGCUUCGCCGGAGGAAAGCCAUCAGCGACUCUCUGCUUGGCUCUGAUGAAGACGCAUCCUCUGAGGUGUUUCUGCCCACAGACAGCGACUACGACUCCAGCGACGCACUGAGCCCCCGUGAUCUGGACCUGCUCUACUCUCCGGCCCAGGAUCUAUCCCAGCAGGCCGUGCACUCGCUGGGUGGCAGUGCCCCAGACGUGCUUCAAAUCAAUGAGCUCCGGUACAGCGUGUGCCCACUUAAAGACCUCCCCCUCUCCCCAAUGGCAAAGGAUCCUAAAGACGUUCCCCUCUCCUCACCCCUCCUCCCUUGCUCACCCUCUCGCUCCCAGACCUUCCCCACCUCCCCCUCUCUCCCCCUCUCCCCCAGAUUCUCCAAAGAUCUUCCCCUGUCCCUCCCCCUCUCCCCAGCUCUAUCUGAUACUACUCGGACUCUGGAGGGCCUCUCCCUCUCAAAGAGUCACCAUGAGGGCCCUGCCCCCCUCCGGGCUCUCGCCAACCCCCCCGCCAAACGCAAGUUGCUUUCCAGAAGCCACCGGGGGCAGUACUUCAGUGGGCCCCAGCGCUGGCUCAAGGGCCACAGCGGAGAGAGUCACACCGGAUCUUUGUCGGAAGGAAUCUACACCAAGCAGCUGGACCCCGACCUGCCCCUGCCGGGGGACCUACCUUCCCCAGAGGGGACCACUUAUGUCAGCCAUACCUCCUGCGUCCUGGAGAGUCGCAAGAGUCGACACCGGGAUCCACGACCCCAUGUUCGCAGGAUAUUUGUGGAGCCCUGCAAAGAGCUGUCGCCAGGCCACGAGAGGAGGGGCUGGGAGGAGGAGGAACAAAGGGUAGGGGUGACAGAGAAGGUGAGGGCCGCAGGCGUGUCAGUGGUUGUGGAGGGGGGGGAGCCAGAGGGAGCCACAGCCCAGGAGGUGGACUCAGAUGACCAAACCAAUGCCCAGGUGUCGGAGAUACUCAGCAGCACACUUUAAGGAGGAAGCUCUUCAGACACACUGAUGAUUGGCCAGCUGUGUUGUUGAUGAGCAGCACCCGACCUCCGCAGAUUGUAAACUCAACUAAAGUUGCUGGUUCAACUCUGCCAAGCCUCAGAACCCAUGGCAUCGACUGUUACCCAGAAAAAAAAAAAAAAAAAAAUCAGUGCAACGAAAAACCAAACACCACUUCUCCGACCAGGAACUUUGCACACGGCUCUGCAUGUCGACCAAAAAAAAAAAAAAAGACAGGAAGGAAGGUGGUUUGAUUGAUUGUUGCUCUUCAAGAAAAAAUUGCCCUAGUUUAGAUUUAUUUUCACGGCCCUGCCCUCAGAGCAUGGAUCCCCCUCGACUUGAAUGUACAGUUCAGCCUGUUUGUUCGUGGCCUCCUGUGACAAUUGAAUCCUGUCUUUCAAUCACUGUUGUUCUGAGCUGCUCCCAUGUGGUGUCCUUGUGUAAAGAAGAAGAAAAUAUAUAUGAAUAUAUUAUUCCCCUGAGUCUUGAGCAUGGGAACUGCCUCAGUCACUAAACAAAGACCACUACAAACCUUAAAACAUGAAGUAUUUUUAUAUUCUCGGUUUAAAGACAAACUGUUUCACCUUGAAUGUGGAUGACUAGUUGGAGUUGUAUUUUGUUGGCAUGAAGUAGUCUGUAGCUGUUGUUUUUUUGUUUUUAUUUUUGACUGAAGCGUGGCGUCCAUUUUGUGCUUCCUUUUGGGUUCAGCAUGAGUUUGGGGGGGGUUCGGUUUAGCCUGCACUUCGCCUUCUCUUCGGACCGGCCAUGCCGUUGGACCUGAUGGUGUUUGUGAUUUAGUUGACUUUUGGUUCAGCUUCUUCCAUGAUUACUGUAGGCUGGUGGUGUGUUUUCUGUUGGUGUUUUUUCUUUUUUCUUUUUUACUUAAAACCUGCACCUAAACUGCAGCCAUUCCAUCUGUAUUAUAGGGAAGUGACGUAAAAGUCAAGAGCAGUUUGAACAUGCACAGAUUCUUAACGUAUGCACAGUAUUUUAAAAGUGCAUUUUUAACAUUUGCACAUAGUAGUUAUGGAAUAAAAGCUAAUUAAAUAUUUGAUUCAAUUGGGCAUUAACUCUGGCAGCUUCUACCAUAAUGACUGUAUAAAAGGUCAGUUUAAGGUCCUCGGAAAGUGUUGAUAAACUAUUAAUUUACAGGUUUUAUUCUUUCUUCAGAUGUGUGACAGAUCUUUAGUGAUGUCUAAAGAUUUCAGCUUUACAACCAGACGUGCAUUAAAUGUACCAACACGUUUCUGCUGCAGCUGUCUCUUUAUCUCAACUCACAGUUUUGGUAAUUCAUUUAUUAGUAUUCAUACUGAGAGUUACAUGAGAACAUCGUUAUUGAAAUCAUGUCUGAAUGGAAGCUGAGGUAACUUGAAAAAACACACUCUUCCCUGCCUAUUGGGCGUAAUAUAACCACUAUGGGAAAAUGUGUAACACCAUGACUGGUUGCCAGUGGUUUCUGGAGGGUUCUGACUCUUGCUGGAUAAAAUUGAUUUCAAAGAAGGCGUCAAAAGCCUAAUAGUGAUUGCUUUGGUUGCUAACAGGCUACCUGUAGUUUUUUUUAUGUUUGUCUGCAAACACCUGCCAGCUAUUAAUCCAGUGGUAGUAGAACCUGAAAAAGUGACGCAAACCGGAAAUGAGCAAGGUUUGCCUUCAAAGUAAAAGUUAAGCCUCAGUAUUUAGGCCAAACUUUUAAAGGUGCAACUUUUUUUGAAGUCGUACAUUCUGGUUUUGAUUCACACUCUUCAAAGUCACACUACAGGUGUUUGUAGAAAGGUUUGUCACUUCUAUUCACUUCCAUUUGCUGUGACUGCAGCAGUAUGCUAGCAACCAAAGCAGUCGCAAGGUUUUCCCCAACCAGUUUUAGAAAUAGGUGGUUGCUGGGUAUCACUGACCAGUCUGUAGAAAUGAAGUCUACAAAUGUCACCAAACGUCCAGCUCCCAGUACAACACAAACUCCAACACAAUCUCCACAUGAAGACAAAAACUCACACUGAUGUUAGAGUGUGAGUUAUGGUUAGCCAACCAACAGCAUUAGUAGAGGAAGCACCAGUUUUAUGUAGUGAAGCUAGUUCAGCCAAACAGGAACGUGAUCUGUGUCAGAAAUGCAGUGAACAUCAGAUAAUGUUAUGAUCUCAAGGUACAGCUAGUUAGCUAAACUAAAGUUGGUAGUUUGCUAAUGUUAUUGUGGGCUAAAUUUGGAGAUCCUAAUUAGCCAGCUUGCCAAAUUCAGAAUUCAGAAGAAUUUAUUGUCAUUAUAUGUCAAACAGAGAACGAAAUUACAUUCCAGAACACCCAUCCAAGAAAAGACAAACAAACAGGGGAGAUAAGUGUCUGCGGCCUUGCAGCCAUCAAAGGCGCUGCCGUUUAAAAAAGAUGGAAACAUAGCGAAUACAAUGGGGUAAGUGAGGAGAAAAAAGCAUCUCAUACUUUGCCCUACUUAACAGGGCACAAUAUAAGGUUAGAUAACGCAUAGCGUAGUGUGAGCACAUAUACUGCAUGGGAGUGCUAGAGUGGGGAGGAGCGGGAAUAGAAGGGAGCCAGCGGAGGCGAGUGGGUUCAUGUUACUGUGGAGCUGACCCAGCUCCCCCCUCAGCUAACAGUUCCUGAUAAGAGGGGGAAUGUUCAUCAGCAGCCUUGGUCUAGGGCAGGGGUCGGCAACCUGUAAUACGGAAAGAGCCAUUUGAACCCGGUUUCCACGGAAAACAAAACAGUGAGAGCCGCAAAUACCAGCAGAAGCUGGUAGCGGCUAUCGCGAGUGACGCAUAUGUUGAGAAAUUAAAAUAAAUGAUUUUAUUUUAAUAUUUCAAGAUCACAAUAAUGUUCCAAUUUAAAACUACAACAAAAACCGAACUGACAAAAAUAAAAUGCACUUCAAUUGGAUACUUAUAAUUUACUUCCACGAGCCGUACAGAGCCGCAGAUGAAGCCUGAAUGAGCCGCGGGUUGCCAACCCCUGGUCUAGGGUUACCAGUUCCCACAGGUCAGAAGACGGGAUAGUGUGGGGGCAUAGAGCAUCUGUUUACAUAAGAUCCAGGAGAAAAAUGAGAUACCCGGCUAUCCAAGGCCGGUCGGGGAGCCAAAUUUCACAUACUACAAUUGGUUUGGUACAGGCUGUCACUGAUUAUUUGCUGACAGCCUUACAGUCAGCUAAAAUGAAAAAUUAAUGAUAUAUAAAGUCAAAGAGGAUUGAUUUUAGCCAAUAAUAAUUCAAAACAAAGAAAAGGCAUCUAACUAAUGGAUCCAUUUUACAGUAUUCACAAAAAAGUGAUGAAAAGCAGGGUGUUUAGCUAGCUAGCAGUAACUUGGCUUCAAACCAUGUAUUUGGUGAAAACUAUACUGCAGUUACUUACUGUUAGUAAUAACAGAGGCGUCCUGGAUUUGAUAAAUAACAAGCCUACCAACAGUUCUGAAGCUCAAUAAUGAUGCUUUUAUUUCCAGCUUUACAUUCUGACUCUGGGACCAUAUUUGAGUAAUGAAACAUAUGUUUGGUAUCAAGCGUCGCAUUAAGAUAUGUCCACACAUAGACUUUUUUUUUUUUUUUUCAAACAAAGGUUUUUCCAUGUUUGUUUUGAUAAAUAUCAAGAGCAUGCUAACAGGUGGUGUUACAAUCCUAACCGUGUGGAAAUGCUGGCAACUCAGAAGUCUAAAAACAAUAACAGGGUGUGUGGUCUGAUGUCAAAAAAGAAGAUAAAGCUAAUACUAAACUUUGACAUUGCAAGACAACAUCUCUAUUUAAGUUGUCCACAUGUAAAUGCACAGAUGGAGUUUCUGAGUUUCACCCUGGAAGGAGCUGCUUUCUAAAUCUGCAGUUUAACAUCUGGGCAAAAGGCCAAAACACACAGAAAAGCCACAUUUAACAAAAUAGCUGUGUACCUGUGGACAGGCCCUCAAACCAGUUUAUUACAACUUGAAAACUGUUUUUGUACCUGUGGCCAUCAGUUCUAUUAAUUAUGUAAAAGUAACAUCAUAAAACCAAUCAUAGUCAGUGGACAAGUAUUUGUCCCAAUAAUUCAAACCACUCAAACUAUACUAUAAAUUUCAAUAAUUUUACAAGAACAUUGUUGUGUUGGUGCUUUGCUGUCAAGCUUCACAUUAAAUUUUCCUUUUGCAGCAGUAAAUUUGAUGACCAGAAACAUGAUGUGACCGUGACUGUAGUCUGUCAUUUUAUUUUUAUUGAGGCUUUAACUUUAUCGUGUGUAAUUUUUACUUUUUUUAAUGCUUGAAUUGAAAAUGUGAAAGGUGGAUAGAAACGUUAAACUUUAGUUGCCUGAUGACUACAAAGGUGUUGGCUACAGCUACAGAAAUCAAAGUUGUAAUAAACAGUAGUAAACAGACAGAUGGCUUCAUUCAUCAUCUAAAAUUUAAAAAAGCAGCAGCUGCUCAGAUUUUAAACACAUCAGGAGGUUUUUGGAUUUCGAGGCUUAAAGUUCAUCCGCAGGAGCUGAGCGCUUCAGUCUGUUUGUGUCACAAAAGCUUUUAUUCUGAAAGACUGAACACCUAAAGCUUCGUUCGGGUGAUUUUGGAUGAUUUUAUGUUUUUUUUUUCUAUUUAUUUCACUUUGUUUUCAUGUUUUCCCUCAGCUGUUUUUAUCACAGAAAAGCUGAGAGAAUCCUCUGUCUGUAUAUUUUUUGAUCACCUCCAUUUAUCUUAAAAUGCCUUUUGCAUUCACUUUAAUGCCAAUUUAUUUAUUUGCAGCAGAAACUGAUGACAUGACAUGUUUUUUUAUGGACUGCUUUAUGAAAAGUGUUUUCAUGCAUUUUGACUUUUGCAA